AGGGACCGCGAGGAGCGCGAGGCGGCGGAGCGGGAGGCGGCUGAGAAAGAGCGACUCAAGAACAUGACGGAGGAGGAGCGGGCGGCCUGGGAAAAGGCGAACCCCAAGGUCGCACGGGCGACCUCCCCCAAGGCCAAGUGGAACUUCCUCCAGAAGUACUGGCACAAGGGGGCAUACUUCCAGGCUCCCGACGACACUCGCGGCACCGCCGGUACCGACGACAUCUUCAGACGCGACUUCUCCGCCCCCACCGGCAUAGACAAGUUCGACAAGAGCAUAUUGCCCAAGGUCAUGCAGGUCAAGAACUUUGGUCGCAGUGGUCGAACCAAGUGGACCCACCUGUUGGCGGAGGAUACCACA